AUGGCGUCUCUGUUCAAAAAUGCGUGGCGGACUGCGACAAAUGCCGAGCAGGAGCUGUUGCGCCGCCUAGCGGAGAAAGAGCCGACCUUCGCCGAAAUCUCUCAACUUCUCUCCGAAUUCCGCACCGCUUGCCAAAAUGCGAUCCUGUCUGAUUUUGACACCGCUCGUACACUCGACGUAGAGGGACGCCUCUGGGAGGCACAUCUCAAACUCAACAAUCGUUUCCGAAAGCUCCUCGCUCGUUAUCGAGAGGAGACGACGAAGAAAAGACCCGUCGAGAAGCGCAAAUUGGAAAAGCACUAUUUGGACUUUAUCAAGUCAAGCCAACGUUUCUACCGCGGCUACAUCCAGCACCUUUCUUCGCAAUUCGGUGGAAUUGUGGAAUUGGAGAAGGUCGCGCACAAGUUCAACUUUGAGAGCUUGUCCAGUAUCUCUCCUACUACCAUUACCCCCGAACUACGUCUGCGCAUCCUCCAGUCAUGUCACGCAACCCUGAUCCGGCUGGGUGAUCUGUCCCGGUACCGUGAAACCGAACUUGCCAGCCACAAGCGCAAUUGGGGCCCCGCGAUCGGAUACUAUGACUUGGCCUCGGUGAUCUACCCAGCGUCAGGCGCAUCCCACAAUCAGCUGGCCGUGAUUGCGCUCGCCGAUGGGAACCAUUUUCGAGCCACAUACCACCUCUACCGCGCCUUGUCCGCCCACAACCCACAUCCGUCGGCCAAGGGGAACUUGGAGAUUGAGUUCAAAAAGAUCAUGAACGCAUGGGCUAAGCGCGAGCUCAUCAAGCCUGAGGAUCAAGGCGUCCCUGGAAAAGCACUCGCGCCAUGGUUCGUCUACCUCCAUGCUCAAUGCUACAGAGGUCUUGACUUCCCAGAACAUGAGGAGCUUGAAAGUGAGGUGAUGAGCCAGUUGGCAGUGGAUGUGAGGGAACGCUCGCAUGAAGGGACGCUCCAGAAAUUUUGCCUGGUCAACAUUGCCGCAGAAGAGUUUGCUCGAGCUCGAUCCACCGAGGAGUCUGUAUCACAUGCUCGAAUGUUCUUCCAGCGCAUCAAUGUGAAGACCUUCUUCACUCUGCUUCAGAUUCUUCUGGUCGAGCUUGAACGCUUUGCGGGUGACGAAUCCAUCAACAGUAGCCAGGCCUCGAAGAACGGUCCAGACAAGGUCACCGUUGUCGCUCGGCGGAUUCUGCCUGCUUUGCGCCAUUACAGCUCUUGGCUCCUUGUCACUAGUGAUUACCUGCUCUCUUCCAAGGAAGAACAGGACUCGUCCCUGGCCAUUCAGAUUCAGGAAUUCUGGAAAAUUUAUGCAGGUACCCUGACACUUUUGGCAUCAACAUUUGAUGUCGUCCACCUGCCCGAGGUGGAUUACUUGCUGGAGGAAGAUGAGGAAAGCCUAGGCUUUGCGCCUUUGGACCAGCCCGCAACUUCUCGGCGUUACGUCGGUCAAGGCGAUUGUCUAAAACCGAGGAUGAAUGACCCCGGAGUGGAAAGAAGCCACCCCAAUAUUGAAAUGCUGUAUCGCAUUCGAGAAUUUGUGAUCGACGGCUUGGAUCUGGUCGUGAGAAGUAGAAUUCCCGUCACGCUGGUCGAUGAGGAGGACAAGAAAACAUUCAUCUAUCAAGAAGAUGGACUGCCUUCUCAGUUCUUCUCCAGUCCCUUGGCUCAUCCGGCUCCUUUGAUCGCACCGGCCGUGGAACGAGAAGAUAUUCCCCCAGCGGGCCAGAACCCCGUCACUGGUGGCGAGACGCGCAGCACGUAUGGUGACGCUCAAUCCGUCUCUGCUUCUGCUUGUGCUUCAAUGUCGGUCAACAUGCACCGUAUUGCCGAGGAUGUCGAUCGCCUGGUCGAGUCUGACACCUAUGAGAAUGCUCCCAACGUUCCGGAUCAAUUUGCUUUCCUUCGAGAUUCUGCACGCAUUCCCGCCCCUUCUGCCCGCCCGCCCGCAAAUCUCGACGCCUUCAACUUCAACAAUGAAAUGAGGGCCCAGCAGCUGAGUACACCACUGCUCCCUCCCGGUCUGGGCGCUCCCAGUGUUCAGAUGUCCGAGGCUCUACGCACCUCGACUGGCCAGUCUUACAAUCCUCUUCCAACGCUCCCGAGCAUUCCCAGUAUCUGGAACACCUCAACUUCCACGCCGCUCCGCGAUGAUGCUACUUCGUCACGCACGCCACCGGGGCUUGGGUCACCUGCUCCGGCGCAUUCACCAAACGCCUUAGACGCCAAUCGAGUCAGAUCUCCGGUCGCAGAUCAAGCUGCAAAUGAUCUCCUUAGGCACAGUCUGAUGGCACAGUCCCAGCUUCCCAGCUCUCAAGAGGUGUCGAGCUCCAUGCCAUCGUGGCUUCAAUUUACCAACUCUCAAGCUAGCAAUCAAUGGCCUGCGGAUCCCCGCCGCUUCUCCUACGCGCCGGAUCAAUCAGUCUCAGGCGGGUUUCCCACCCAGUCCUGGCCAAAUGAAGCCUUCAUCGCAAGCAGCUUGGCACCGGGCGCGGGUCCAUUCGCUUCGGGAUUCAACAAUCACCGCAAGUCCGCUACACAGUUGGGCGCCAUCGGCCAAACCCCGCCCUGUGGACAAGGAGGUUGA